AUGCCUAUCAAGGAUCGGUUGGCCAGUUUAAAGAGGAGCAAUGCGACAAAAGGUGAAGCACAAGUGAUGAGCGAAUUGAUCAUUGCGACCGAGGAAGAGGAGACAACUGAGCAAUUUCUUCGACGAAUAACAUCUGUCAGGGAGGCUAUCACAGAAAUGGAAGCUGUCGCGAAUCUGAUCCGUCAACUGCACAACUUGCUGAAAAUUUCUAACCAAACUCGCGACGUUGACAGAGCGAGACUCCGCCUCCUGUAUGAGAAAUUAUCGCAGAUUAUCGAAAAUUUCUCGAAGGACCUGGACAGAGUAGUAGAAACAGUCAAUGGGUUUUAUGAUGAGGUUCGGCAAACAUCGGACAAAAAAUCAGCGUACUACCGAAUGCGGAAGGACCAGACUGCAAGCCUUAAGGAGUCAGUGCACUCAUUGAUCCUCCGAUUUCGUAAUGAAGAAGUCCCUUUCGAGCAGGAAACUCGGCCGGCGACUGAAAAACAUCUAAGGGAGUUCAAUAUGAAGCCCAAUGUAGGAGUUGGUUUGGAAACGUUGCAAGUGCCUCAAGGAGAUGGAGUUGACAACGAUCACGACCCUUCUAGUCGACGGCUCAGUCGUGGAGUGGAGAUUAGCGACGUGGAGAAGGGCAAUGGUGCCGAAUUGAUGACCGCGAACGGAAUUACGGCACCAACCUUAGAAUGCACGGAAAUCGAUGAAGAAGAUGACAAGAGUGCAGAAAAGGCGGCGUUGCUCGAAAUCAAACAGAGGAACGAGGAGCUGCAGCUUCUUGAGGAGGCUGUGUCAAAGGUGAACGCAAUGCACGAACAUCUCAACUUCCUCGUGCACACCCAGAAUCCAAUUAUGGAUCGAAUUGACACCAAUAUCAGCAGUGCGGUCGAGUACACCACGAAAGUGAUGAACGACACUAAACAGGCUGUGGAUCUCAGUGAUGAGGCUAGACAGAAGCAAUUCUUGGUGUUUUUCCUCAUCGGAAUUCUCAUCUUCAUGCUGGUGCUGAUGAUCAUCACUCUCAUCAAAGUUUGGGUCCCUGGAUUACAGUGA